AUGGCUGCCUCCGCCUCUUCACGUAUCCAAUUAAGCUCCGCCGGCUAUGGGUCGAUGGAAAUAUCUCCGUUAUUACCGUCUGUUACGCCUCGAAAAGAUCCGUCUGAGUACCUGUUCAAGUUUCUUAUUCUCACGCAAGUAUUCAUGUACCUUGAGGCGGGCGCCGUGCCAUCGCUACUGCAGCAAUUUACGCUCACAUUCCGCCUUAAUCCACAGGAACAGGGACUACUAGGCGCUAUUGUGUACAUAACAAUCUCAUUGGCGUCUCCCUGGUGCAGCACACUCUUUCGUCGCUUUGAUGUUCGCCUUUUGCUUGGUGUCUCACUCGUGGUCAACAACUUGGCAGUACUGGGUCUUGCAUGCACUCCCACGAUGACCUGGUACUCCAAGUCGCUUCUCAUUACAUUGCGUGGCCUCGUUGGUUUGUCUCAAGCCUUCAGCUGCGUGUAUUCGCCGCUAUGGGUCCAUGACUAUGCGCCAAAGGCCAAGCGAGGCACGUGGAUGAGUUAUCUGCAAGGUGCAGUGCCCGUUGGCAUCACGUUAGGCUACUUUGCCGGAUCUGUCACCAUAUGGCUGGCGUCACGAGGACCAGAGGUGGCUAUGACGGUAUUAAAUAGUAUCGUACCCACUUUGUCCCAUGCAGCGCUGGAGGUCAGUGCGACCGACGAUCUUGUUGACGGCAUUGACGACGUAUCCAUGAGGCUAUGCCACGGUCUCUACUGUUGGCGCUGGCCAUUUCUGACUCAAUUUGUGCUAAUCCUCCCAUUGUCGAUCCUGAUCUUUCUUGUGCCUCCGGAACAUAUUCGACUUCGCUCAACUCGUCGCCGCUCCAUCGUCAUUGUGAACACUGACGAGGACGAGGAUACUAGCGCUGAAAACAGUAUACCUACAACGUGUGAUGAUGCCGAACACAUUUUGAUGAGUCACAAAAAGCAUAGCAACGCAUCCAAUGGCAGCAGAUUGCGAUUAUUGGAAUCGCACGAGAAAGAAGAAAACACAUCGAGGUGGAGCAAUUUGAGGCUGUUGCUGCAGCACAAAGUCUACGUGUUUAUCGUUAUGGGCCUGUCAGGACUGUUUUUCGUUGUCGCUGGUGUUCAAUUUUGGACGACACUGUACUUGGAGACCAAUACAAACGAUUCGAUGUACGAGAUUCACGUGGCUUACCUUUUGGUAAGUGGCACAGGCCCCAUCAUGGGUGUAUUUUUCGGUGGUUGGCUCAUCGAUCAGUUCGGUGGAUAUUCAGGUCCAUACCAUCAAAUGCGAGCACUGCGUGUUUGCAUGUUGCUCGGAGGAGGCAGCUGCCUCGCGGCUUUGCCUGUGUCUUUUUUACACAACACUUUUCACAUCGCGAUAUUCCUAUGGCUGAUGCUGUUCUGCGGAGGUAGCAUCCUUCCAGCUUGCUCGGGCAUCGUCAUUUCUGCAGCCCCGCCGCGGUUGCGCCCACUUGCCUCUUCAGUUGCGUACGCCAGCUACAACCUUUUCGGAUAUGCAGCGUCAAACUAUGUUCCUGGCUUGAUCAUGAAUUUCAUCAUCGACCCGAGUGCAGACAAUGAUAUAGACACCGGUGCUCUUGCAAGUGUCAGAUCGUGCAAUGCUGCCUGUACAUACCGUAUUGGAUACCGUAUUGUAUUAUUGUGGACUCUUUGGGCCUUCUUUUGCCUUAUUUGCGGCGCUAUUGAGUCGGGUAGAAACUACGCAAUGUCUGUCACUACGCAUCGUAAUGACAAUGUUAACGUUAAACAACGUAUAUCGCCGCAUUGA